UUCUGCACGAACGCCGGAGCAAUGUUCGGAUAACUGGCAUCGGUUUUCAGGUCCAGCAUCUUUCUGAGGUGCUUCAGGGAGAGUUUCACAGCUUUGCAGUGGAAGAACUGUGUGAUGAAGACAUCAGUGAUGGAUCUUAAAGUGGAAGCUAUGGACAUUGAUUACGACCAGCCGCCUCCCCUCCAAGUGUUCGCUCACACCUCGACUCUACACGGCAUCUCUCAUAUCUUCUCCUAUGAGAAGAUCACGGCCAAAUGCUGCCUCUGGGUGGUGUUUUUCCUCAGCUCCUUGACCUUUCUCAUGUACGUCUGCGUCGAUCGGAUUCAGUUCUACCUGGAGUACCCUCACGUCACCAAGCUGGACGAGAUCACGACGCCCGUGAUGGUUUUCCCAGCGGUGACGAUUUGCAAUCUCAACUCCAUCCGCUUCAGCAGGAUCACACGCAACGACCUGUACCACGCGGGCGAGCUGCUGGCACUGCUGGACUCCAGACAUGAGAUACGGGACGCUCACCUGGUUGAAGAAAGCGUGAUGGAGGUUCUCAAGAGCAAAGCAGACUUUCGCUCCUUCAAGCCGCGACCCUUCAACAUGUGGGAGUUCUAUAAUAGAACAGGACACGACAUAAAAGACAUGCUGCUCUCCUGCCAGUUCAGAGGUUCGCCGUGUCGACCCGAAGACUUCAGCGUGGUGUUCACGCGUUACGGGAAGUGUUACACCUUUAACUCGGGUAACACCGGCGCGCCGCUGGUCAGCGUGAAGGGAGGGAUGGGAAACGGCCUGGAGAUCAUGUUGGACAUUCAGCAGGACGAAUAUUUACCUGUGUGGGGAGAGACAGACGACUCGUCGUUUGAGGCGGGAAUCAAAGUUCAGAUUCACAGUCAGGACGAGCCUGCGUUAAUAGAUCAGCUGGGCUUCGGAGUCGCACCAGGAUUCCAGACGUUCGUUUCUUGCCAAGAGCAGCGACUGGUGUAUCUUCCUGCUCCGUGGGGCAGCUGCAAGGCAACCCCGCCGAGCUCAGACUACUUCAAAGCGUACAGCAUCAGCGCCUGUCGAACGGACUGCGAGACACGCUACCUGGUGGAAAACUGCAACUGCCGCAUGGUGCAUAUGCCUGGUGAUGCGCAGUACUGCACUCCUGUGCUAUAUAAAGAAUGUGCACAUCCAGCACUAGAUUUCCUGGUGGAGAGGGACAGUGACUACUGCUCAUGCGAGACUCCGUGCAACAUCACGCGCUACAGUAAAGAGCUAUCCUUCGUCAAGAUCCCCAGCAAAGCGUCAGUCAAAUACCUUGCAAAGAAGUACAGCAAAUCUGAGAAAUACAUAACAAUUUCUGUGAUAGUUUCUAUUGUUUUUUUUCAAAAUGUAAAUGUUCAGUCUGUGUGUGUUUGUGUGUUGGUAGGUGAUAUCGGAGGACAGAUGGGGCUGUUCAUUGGAGCCAGUGUUCUUACGAUUUUGGAGCUUUUUGACUACCUUUAUGAGGUAAUGAAAUACAGGUUGUGCCGCUGCUCUGACAAGAAGCAUCACAACAACAACAACACUGAUCACGGCACUGUACUCGGCCUGGAUGAUGUUAAAUGUCACGUCAGUAAAUUCCAUUAACAUUCCUGCAGAAAUUCCAGCUGUUUGCCUGCCACUCAUAUUCAGAUAAUGUUCUACAUUUUAGCAGAUGGCAUCACAACACCAGCACAGUUGUGUUUUCUUCAGAUUGUUCUGGCAUCUUGUGGUUGUACUCUCUCUCUUAUGCCUAUGUGAUUUUUAAGGAUUUUUCCAAAAAUGUUUUGUGGUUUUCUGAAAAACCUGCUUUUGAUUUAUAAGGCAGGAAUGUCAAAAACGUUUAAUAUUAAUUAAAAUGUUCGAUCUUUGUCUGCAUGGCCUUUUGUGACAGAAUUGCAUCUGCUAGCUUGAGGCGUUACUCUAUGUGUCAUAUUUUAUUAAUUCUGUGCAUCUUAAUGGCUAUGAUAUGGCUGUAAAUGCAUUGUGACAAGCGAUUCAUUGCACAAGGCAUUGUGUGAGGGAACACCAGUCUGAAAGGAAGAGUUCACCCAAAAAUUUAAAU